GUUCGCAGAGGUUUUCAGCUGCAAGCCAGGAUCUGCCAUGAACCCCCAGAAUAAAUGCACCUUGUGGUAAUCAAGGAGCAACAGAGAUGAUCGUCAUAGUAACAGAGACUAUUCCUCGGCGUAACUUAUCCUUUACUGAUGGAAGUUUGGCAUCUGCCGUUGCAGCCCCUUUAUCAAACAUCUCAGUGUUUACUUUGGCAGUAAUCUCGCUGGAGCGAGCUUGUGCGGUGUUGUGGCCUUUUCGUCACCGGACUGCAGGAAAUCGAGCGUAUAUUUUCAGCAUUAGUGCGAUCUGGUUUUCUGGUUUUUGUAUAACAACAGUGAAUUUGUUAGCAGUACAUAGGCUUAUAGAAGAAUUGAGUCCUUUUUACGUGUUGACAUCUACAGUUUUCAUCCCCUUAUGUGUGGUGUUAGCGUCAUACAUUAAGAUACGAACGAAGUUGAGAACCGGUCUUUCUGUGUGCGCAGAUCAAGAUAUUCACAACAGAAAACUCACUGAACGGAACAUCAAAUUGUCAAAGAUUCUGUUUAUUGUGAUAGGGUUAUCGUUUUUGUUUUGGAUGCCAGCAGCUACGAUUUAUUUCAUAAUACCUUUCUGUAACGAAUGCAUUCCACAAAAGGAUCUUGUAAUGUUGAUUGUAACAGUCUUGCACAUGGCAAAUUCUCUCGUUAAUCCAAUUGUGUAUAGUUUUAGAAUAACUAUGUUUAAGUUGGCACUGAAGAAAUUGUUUAAAAAAGGAGACUGA